UAUGGAUACUGCGCCCGUCUCGUGCGAAUGGACCGCGAGGACAUUCAACCGAGCCAGAAAAGACGAGUGGGGUAAUGGCAACACACACAGCAACAACUCCUCAGUGGAAAACCACGAUUAUUGUCAGCACUUCACUUCAGAGCCAUGACACAAGCAGGCUGCUCAGCGCUCAGCAGCACCGAAUCAGGUUUUCAGACGGGGUUGAGUCCGGAGCCUUUAUCUUCCCUCUGUCAGGUACUGCCUUUCUGUUGCUUGACCCUCAAAACCCCUUGGAGCAUUUUGAGGAAUCUGGACUCAUUGAGAGGAUAAAGAUGUUUGUGCAAGUACACCGGAACAGCUUUCUUCUUCUAUAUGCCCCCUUUAAUGGGAAGAAGGAAUUGGAAAUAUUGUCAGUGCUUCAACACAGAUUUUCUGGCAAACUCAGGAUCCUGCCUGUGCGAAACAGUGCUGAGAUCGUCAAAGGAAUGUUGACCAUUGCCAAGGCCACCAGUAAGCCCCAUGUAGACAGUAUCCGUGACCGGAUGUCUCUGGCUCGGGCUCACAUCGUUGAGAACAGUCCUGUGUGGGAGAUGCUGAGAGACAUUCUAUGAGCUCGGCAGAUGAUUCAGCAUUUUUUCACACACUUAACACCUGUGUUGUUUUAUUAGUUGCUAAGCAGUACAAGCCUUGUACAUUUAAAAUACACGUGUAUCACAGUUUGUUCUAUUAAAAAAAAACAUUGACGUAAAAAAGAGAAUAACUUUAU